GAGACGCGCAGUGAUUUCGGAAUCAUUCGGUCGUCCGCUCCGAAAGAAUUUUAGUUUUGUCAAGGAUCAGAGACGUGUAUUGUGUGCUCGGUGGAAGGUGCAUGAGAGCCGUAGACUGUAAACAAAGUGAUCUCGUGUAGUGUGUCUGUAAGCUCUUUCGCUCAAUCCAUUUCGUAGGUAAAAGUAUCUCUAUAUGUACGGAAAUAUGCGCGAAAGAGAUGAAUUUUGCCGAAGUUUUCCACCGGGACAACCAACCCAGCCACCGACGACACGGGCUCCGGGCCUUGACGCUCUGCACAGUCUUUGUAAAGAAAUCUAUCCAGACCAAAGUAAUCCACUCACUGUCACCGCUGUCGUUAAAUACUGGUUGGGGGGUCCGGAUCCUCUCGACUACAUAAGCAUGUACGAAAAUCCAGGUUGCCCUGAGUUAGGCGUACCACCGCAUUGGCACUAUAUUAGUUUGGGCUUAUCGGAUCUACAUGGAGAUGGUAGGAUACAUCCAAAAAGUGGUCCAGGUCGUCCGAGUGGGUUUGGAUUUGAACUGACCUUCAGAUUAGUCAGGGAAAGAAAUGAAAUGACUCCUCCUACUUGGCCAGCAAAUGUGAUGCAGCAAUUAGCAAAAUAUGUUUUUAAUUCUGGGAAUAUGUUGAUGCCUGGUGAUCAUGUAUCAUGGCAUGCUCCUCUCGAUAAUGGCAAUGGUCGCAUCACACAAAUUCUAAUGGGGAGAGAUCCACAAUUACCAACAUCUAUAUAUACACCUCAUGGUGAUGUUUCAUUUGUUCAAAUUAUAGGAGUAACAUCCGAAGAAUUACAGGCUGCGCAACAUUGGAAUGGCUUAGGUCUUGUGAGUUUACUAAAGACUAGCCGUGUUUGUGGACCUUGGUUGGUAACAGACAUGAGGAGGAUGCAUUCCAUUAUGGAAGAUGAACCCUCCAUAGCAGAGAAAAUAGAAAGCGGAAUAGAAAAAGAAGGUUCCAAUUUAAGUGGUGUGUCUGCAAAGUGUUGGUGGGUCCAAGUAAAUUAUGAUAGAAGUUCGGAAAAAUAUAGAGAAAAAAGGAAUGAAUCAGACGAAGAUGAAGAAGAGGAAGAAGAUAUAAAACCAGUUAUAAAGUCAGAAAGAUUAUCUCCGUGUGAAUUGGAUUCAAAUUUAUCUCAUGAUCAUUUUGUUAAAGUCUUACCAGGGCUUCAUUUAACUUUUAACCUUGAAGCGGGAUCUCUGUUACCGUUAGCAAUAAAGGGUCGUGUCAUGCAUGGAAGGCAUUUCACAUUCAAAUCUAUAUUAUCCAAUACAGCUGUCACUAUCGUAGCACCAACAGUUACUGGGACACUUGUUUCUAGAGAGAAACCAUAUGUAGUUCAAGGACCAUGGUUACAAGUUUUGCUUCCAGAAGAUCUGUCAGAAAAAAUGGCCCAAGAAUUUCAAAUUUUAAAUUCACCAAAUGAGGUACAAUUGCCAAAGACGUUUUCAUGGCCUGAACAUAAAUUAGUUAUUACUGUUGUUAAUGAUUGAGACCGAAUCAAAAGCGAUCCACGUUUUAUUGCGUUUGACUAAGUUAGCAUAAUCAGUUAACAUAAGCGAAGUAUUAUCUAUUUCAAUUGUGAAAAUGGAUUUGAAACAAUUUAUUUAUAACUGUAUAUAAUUCGAGCAAUGGAUCGAACUCUGAGACUACAUAUAUCAAUAUGUAAAAGAGGUGCUAUAUUAUAUUUAUAUAUUUACCCAGAAAAUUUAUUCUACGUUUUGCCGAGGGAAAGUUUUCUGCGCCUCUCAUUUGCAGGUUGAUACCUGUUAAAUGAUCUAUAUUUAAUUGUGUACAUAAUAGAAGAGAAGUUAAGUGUAAUUGUAUUUGAUAUACGAGUUUACACAUUGUUACAGCUAAUGAACAUUUUUUUGUAAAUAGAGGAGACUAAAAUUCUGUCAUUACUCGUGACGGUACCUUGUACCAAUUUUUAUAAAAGAAACGUGUAAUGGAAUAAAGUAUGA